AAUAGGCAUUACCGAGGCUUUGGGAGUAUCGUCCAUAAAACCCUAACUCUAGAAAUAUCAUUGAAAUUAGUCUUCGCUUCAUCAAUUCGCCAACAUACAAAAUGCCUCGCCGAAGCUCUGGUAGGUCUGCUUCACGCCCAGCCCCUCGUCCUGCUCCUGCUCCUGCUCGCAGCCCACCACCACAACCAGCUCAUCGUGCUCCUCCUCCAGCUCUUGCUCAGAGUGGAGGUGGAUCCAUGCUCGGAGGAAUAGGCUCGACCAUAGCUCAGGGCAUGGCUUUUGGCACAGGAAGUGCUGUGGCCCACAGGGCCGUAGAUGCUGUUAUGGGUCCUCGUACUAUCCAACAUGAAACUGUUGUUUCCGAGGCGGCUGCCGCCUCUGCACCAGAAGCCGCUGCCAAUAGUUUUUCUGGUUCUGACGCAUGCAGCAUCCACACCAAGGCAUUCCAAGACUGCCUGAACAGCAAUGGAAACGAAAUCAGCAAGUGUCAGUUCUACAUGGAUAUGUUGGCCGAGUGCAGGAAGAACACAAGGUCCGUGUUGGGUGCUUAAAAGCUUAUUUUCAUCAUUUCUUGUCGUGCCAUUGGAAUUGUCAGCUCAUUGGACUCUGAUUUUCAUUUGUCUUUGUGCUGUUGACGAAGGAUUCCAUUAUGAUCUCUUAUGAAUAAUCAGCGUUAAAUAAUAGUAUAUAAAUCAAUUGUUGGAACAUUGAUAUUGUUAAUGAAACGCGACUGGUGUCCUUUCACUAUUAAUUAUUCAUUUUUUA